GUAAGGAGCAGCAACCUCACGCAGCUAUUUACCUCUCAUCGAAUCGCCUCUAGGUCGUCGGGUUGACGCGUGGCUAGAUCCGUCAUGGCAGAUGUCGAUAUGGCCGCUGAUGGCCAUGCGAAUGGAUCAAGCAGUGGAGACUGGGCAGCGAGAUCCGUCGAAGGAUGGAUCAUCAUCGUGACUGGUCUGAACGAGGAAACAACAGAAGAAGAUCUGCAGGAUCUGUUUGCGGACUAUGGCGAGGUGAAGAACCUGUCGAUGGCCUUGAAUAGACGGACGGGAUAUGUGAUGGGAUACGCUUUGAUCGAGUAUGCCAACAGGGACGAAGCGGAGAAAGCUAUAAAGGGGACAAACAACACCGAGUUUCUGGAAAAGACCAUAAAGACUGAUUUCGCCUUUUCAAAAGGAUCUGCAGGUGGAAGGAAGGGAGGAGCUGCUGGUGCGGGAGGAGCUGGAGGAAGGAGGACAGGUAGAGAUAGAUCUGUAUCACCAUCACGGCGGUGAUCUCGGUAGCUCUCGGUCUUCUGGAUCAAAAGCAUUGGGACUUCGCCUCAGCAGGACCAUGCAUAUGUAUUCUUACGCUA